AUGGCGGUGUGCGUUUGGGCGGCUGCCCCGCUGCUCUUCCUCGGGCUGUGCCUGUGCAGUGUGGGGGGCCAGGCCCAGGGCGAGGUGCUGGAGUUUGGGGGCGUGUCCAGCCAGUGGGGGAGGUUCCCUGUGUGGAACGCGUGCUGUGAGAGUGUGCUUAGCUUCAGUCUGCGGACUCACAGUCAGGAGGGCCUCCUGCUGUACCUGGACGACGAGGGCUUCUGUGACUUCCUGGAGCUGCUGCUGCUGCACGGACACCUGCGUCUGCGCUUCUCCAUUUUCUGCGCCGAACCUGCCGAGCUGCAGUCGGGUGUCGCCGUGAGCGACGGGCGCUGGCACGCCGUGCGCAUCAAGCGGGACUGGAGGAACACGUCUCUGGAGGUGGACGGGCGGCUGGAGGGCUGGGCGGAGGUGAAGAGUAAGAGGAGAGAUAUGACAGUGUUUAGUCCCACUUUUGUGGGCGGGAUCACGGCGGAGCUACACUCCUCGCCGCUGCGCCUCACCUCCGCCUCGGUCCGGGACCACCCGCCUUUCCGCGGCUGGAUCACGGCGCUCAGCGUCAACGGGACCAUGGUCACCCUCGACAGCUCCGAGGGCGUCACCGUGACGACGGGCUGCGGCCCGGACCACCAGUGCCAGAACGGAGGGGUGUGCAGCGUGGUCAACGACCAGGCCGUGUGCGACUGCUCCGACACCGGUUUCCAAGGCAAUGACUGCAGCGAAGAUGAUGCUAUGAGGCAGAGUCUGGCACACCUGAUGAUUGGCGAUCAAGGUAUGGCAUCCGGACAGAAGCGCGAAUCCGGUUUGGUUCGUUCAUUUCUGUCCUGUGAAUCUCGUGAGGAGUACGUGGCCACCUUUAAGGGCUCGGAGUACUUCUGCUACGACCUGUCUCCAAACCCGAUCCAGUCGAGCAGCGAUGAGAUCACGCUCUCCUUUAAGACUCUGCAGAGGAACGGCCUGAUGCUGCACACGGGGAAAUCCGCCGACUACGUGAACCUGGCUCUGAAGAACGGGGCCGUGUCCCUCGUCAUAAACCUGGGCUCUGGAGCCUUCGAGGCGCUGGUUGAACCGGUCAACGGGAAAUUCAACGACAACGCCUGGCACGACGUCAAAGUCACACGCAACCUGAGACAGCACUCAGGCAUUGGACACGCUAUGGUGACCAUUUCUGUGGACGGCAUCCUCACCACCACCGGAUACACCCAGGAGGACUACACCAUGCUGGGGUCCGACGACUUCUUCUACGUGGGCGGGAGUCCCAGCACGGCCGACCUGCCCGGAUCUCCUGUCAGCAAUAACUUCAUGGGCUGCUUGAAAGAGGUUGUGUACAAGAACAAUGACGUGCGGUUAGAGCUGUCCAGGCUGGCCAAGCAAGGAGACCCAAAGAUGAAGGUCAGCGGAGUGGUAUCGUUUAAGUGUGAAAGCGUGGCCACUCUGGACCCCGUCACUUUCGACACGCCCGAGUCUUUUGUGUCUUUGAGCAAAUGGACGGCGAAGAAGGCCGGGUCCAUCUCCUUCGACUUCAGAACCACCGAGCCAAACGGACUGAUGCUUUUCAGUCACGGAAAACCCAAAACCCAGGCACGCAAGGACCCCCGUACCCCGCCCACCGUCAAGGUGGACUUCUUUGCCAUUGAGAUGUUGGACGGGCAUCUGUAUCUGUUACUGGACAUGGGCUCAGGGACCACCAAGACUAAAGCCAUAGAUCGAAAAGUGAAUGAUGGAGAGUGGUACCACGUGGACUUCCAGAGAGACGGACGAUCAGGUACGAUCUCGGUGAACAGUGUGCGAACAGCCUACACAGCUCCAGGAGACAGUGAGAUCUUGGAUUUGGAUGACACCCUUUAUCUCGGGGGACUUCCUGAAGACCGCGCCGGGCUCAUCUUCCCCACCGAGGUGUGGACCGCUCUGUUGAACUACGGCUACGUCGGCUGCAUCCGGGACCUGUUUGUGGACGGGCAGAGUAAAGAUAUCCGCAGACUGGCAGAGGCUCAGAGGGCGGUGGGGGUCAAACCGUCCUGCUCCAGGGAGCCCCCGAAACAGUGUCUGAGCAACCCCUGCCAGCACAACGGCAUCUGCAGAGAGGGCUGGAACAGAUACGUGUGCGACUGCUCGGGGACCGGCUACCUGGGACGCUCCUGUGAGAGAGACGCCACCAUCCUCUCUUACGACGGCAGUAAAUUCAUGAAGGUGCAGUUGCCCGUAGCGAUGCACACGGAGGCGGAGGAUGUGUCUUUGCGGUUCAGGUCUCAACGCGCCUACGGGAUCCUCAUGGCAACCACCUCCAGGAACUCCGCCGACACCCUGAGACUGGAGCUGGACGGGGGACGGGUGCGGCUCACUGUGAACCUGGACUGUAUCAGGAUUAACUGUACAGCCAGUAAAGGUCCAGAGACUAUCUUUGCUGGUUCUGCGCUCAAUGAUAACGAGUGGCACACGGUGAGAGUGGUUCGGCGCGGAAAGAGCCUCAAACUCACCGUGGACGACCUCCAGCCUGUGGAAGGUCAAAUGGCGGGCGACCACACCCAGCUGGAGUUUCACAACGUGGAGACCGGCAUCGUGACGGAGAAGCGCUUCAUGCCCGCCGUACCCUCCAACUUCAUCGGGCACCUCCAGGGCCUCACUCUCAACGGGAUGCCCUACAUCGACCUGUGCAAGAACGGAGACAUAGACUACUGCGAGCUGAACGCCGUGAUCGGGUACAAAAGCAUCGUGGCGGACCCCGUCACGUUCAGGUCCAGGUCCAGUUUUGUGACCCUCCCCACGCUCCAGGCCUAUUACUCCAUGCACCUGUUCAUGCAGUUCAAAACCACCUCACCAGACGGACUCAUACUUUUCAACAGAGGAGACGGGAAUGACUUCAUCGUGGUGGAGCUGGUUAAAGGUUACCUGCAUUACAUCUCAGACCUGGGGAACGGAGCUCAUUUAAUCAAAGGAAACUCGAACUCUCCUCUGAACGAUAACCACUGGCACAACGUCCACAUCUCCAGAGACACCAACAACCUGCACGUGGUGAAGAUCGACACCAAAGUGACCACGCAGACCACCAUGGGCGCCAAGAACCUCGACCUCAAAGGUGAUUUGUACAUCGGAGGCGUUUCCAAGGAGAUGUACCGGGACCUGCCCAAACUGGUCCACUCCCGGGAGGGUUUCCAGGGCUGCCUCGCCACCGUGGAUCUGAACGGACGCCUGCCGGACCUCCUCGCCGACGCCUUGGCCACCGUGGGACAAGUGGAGAGGGGCUGUGAAGGCCCCAGUACGACGUGUCAGGAGGACUCGUGCUCCAACCAGGGCGUGUGUUUACAGCAGUGGGAGGGCUUCACCUGUGACUGCAGCAUGACGUCGUACGCAGGACCGCUCUGUAACGACGCUGGUACCACUUACAUCUUCGGACGUGACGGGGGAAUGGUGAUCUACACUUGGCCCCCGAACGAGCGCCCCAGCACCCGAGCGGACCGCCUGGCUCUGGGCUUCAGCACCCAACAAAAACACGCCAUCCUCCUGAGAGUGGAUAGUGCGUCAGGACUGGGAGACUACCUACAGCUGCAGAUAGACAAAGGCAACAUCCGCGUGGUUUUCAAUGUCGGCACGGACGACAUAAACAUCGAGGAGAGCUCAAAGUUUGUGAACGACGGAAAGUACCACAUCGUGCGUUUCACCCGGAGCGGAGGGAACGCCACUCUCCAGCUCGACGACCUCCCCGUCAUCGAACGCUACCCCUCAGGCAACAAUGAUAACGAGCGCCUGGCCAUCGCCAGACAGCGAAUCCCCUAUCGGCUUGGUCGAGUAGUUGACGAUUGGCUACUCGACAAAGGUCGUCAGCUGACCAUUUUCAACAGCCAGACGACGGUGCGGGUGGGCGGGGGCGAGCGCGGGUCGGCCAUGUUCCAGGGGCAGCUCUCGGGGCUGUACUACAACGGCCUGAGGAUCCUCAACAUGGCCGCCGAGGGACACCCGCACAUCCGGGUGGAGGGGAGCGCGCGCCUGGUGGGGGACAUGCCAUCCUCCUCCAUGACGCCCCAGUCCAGCGCCGCCGCCGGGGGAAACCGCUCUGACUCCGCCCCCUCCAUCAGCGACAUCACCACGACCACGGCGACCAACAGGAAGCAGGGCGCCACGCAGCAGUCUACGGACGACCUCUUGGUGGCGUCGGCGGAGUGUCCCAGUGACGAUGAGGACAUUGACCCGUGUGACCCGAGCUCAGGUAAACUGGCCCGGCCUCCGCUGCCCGAGGUCAAAGUCUUCACGGGUCCGGUCGGCGAGGUGAGGGAGAGCAGCAGCACCACGGGGAUGGUCGUCGGGAUCGUCGCCGCGGCAGCGCUGUGCAUCCUCAUCCUCCUCUACGCCAUGUACAAGUACCGCAACCGCGACGAAGGCUCCUACCACGUGGACGAGAGCCGCAACUACAUUAGCAACUCUGCCACCCAGCCCAACGGUAGCGCCAAGGACAAGCCACUGGGCAUCGCCAAAAUCUCGAAAAACAAGAAAAAUAAGGAUAAGGAGUAUUACGUUUGA